UCAAAUUUAGUACGAAUGCGGAGCUCAUUAGGAAAGUCGGCACCAUGCUUAAUUGGAAAUAAUUCAUUUCAAGAGGGAAGAACAAAUCAAAUAUCUACACACAACUUGCUUUCUCAGUCUCUCUCUUUAUCAUUUAACAACCAAGUUUCCCAUAACAAUACUUCAGCCACAACAUCCAUCCCAACAGUUUCAUCUAAUAGUACACGAUUGAAUACAGGGCUUGGUAUUGGUAAGCACCAUUUACAUGGUGUUGUUAUGAGAGGUGGUAGUACCUCUAUCAGUGUAGCAUCUCAUCGUUUGAGUUUAGUGACAUCUGGUGUGGGAGUAAUAAACACAUCUCCAAACUCUCAUUCACCUUACUCAGCUAGUCCAGUUGACAGUCCCCGUAUAAAUUCUCCAAUGCAGUUUCCUUUUGCACCUAUUAAACGCAUAGCUGCCUACCGUGGGGAUGGAAGACGGUGGUCAGUAGCAUCAUUACCAUCCUCUGGAUAUGGAACCACCCCAGGCAGUUCAACUGUUUCCUCACAAUGUUCCAGUCAAGAGGCUUUGCAUGCUAUAUCAACUACGUCUACAUAUGACGACAUGAAAAAGGUAGCUGCACAAGAUCAUUCUUGUUGUUCUAAGCAUAAACCACAUCAACAAGCAAAGUAUAGCUUUACGAAAUACUGUGAAGCUUUUGAAAAUAUUGGAGGUUCAUUGAAAAGCAAUAAAUGUGUAAUUUUUGCUGGAGGUAUUCCAAAAGAUUUAAGUGACCAAAAGAGUUGCAGUACUAGUUUAGUCAACAAUAAUGAAAAGUUAGAUUAUUGUUAUUCAGAUGUCAGCCCAAUAUGUAGUAACUGUACAAACAACCGAAUACUCGUUCAUCGCCCUCGUUCUCGAUCGCUGUCUAGUCCAUCACGAUUACCAAUUAUUGAUAAUGAUAUUGCAGUUAUGAAUACUUUAUAUAAAGAACGUUUUCCUAAAGCAACUUUACAAAUGGAGGAGCGGCUGAAGCAUUUUGUUAAUGAAAACAAAAGUGCUGUAUGCAAUAGUUUUCGCGAUUCUCAACCAAUUGUACGUUUUGUUCAUCAUCAAGUUCUUGAAAUGGCUCGAGAUUGCUUGCAUAAAUCAGAGGCAAAAUUAAUUACAUCCCGUUAUUUUUAUGAAAUGAGUGAUAAUUUAGAACGCUUAUUAUUGGAAACAAAAGAUAAAUCUCCUGAAGCAGCAACUGAACUUACUGGUGUAAUAAAAAAAUUACUUUUAAUAAUAUCUAGACCUGCACGUUUACUUGAAUGCCUAGAAUUCGAUCCUAAAGAGUUUUACCACUUACUUGAAGCUGCUGAAGGACAAGCAAGAGCAAUACAAGGAAUAAAAGCAGAUAUACCUCAGUACAUCAUACAAAAGUUAGGACUUAAUCGUGAUCCAAUUGCUGACUUGCAAAAGGAACUUAAUGAAACUAAAAAACUAUGUAAAGAAUUGGAAUCAACAAAUAGCUCUAAUAUGGGACCAUCACCGUUUUCUAUAUUAUUAAGUUCACCAAGAACUUUUGUUUCGUCUAAUUUGAACAAAUCCAAAAAUGUCUUGGAGUCUGAAGGCAAUUUUUGUUGUAGUGGACUCAGUUCCUUACAACUAUCCCCACCUAAACAACCGCCGCAUACUCCUGUAGUAACUGGCGAUGAUAUGCCGACACCAUCCUUUGAAGCAACCGUUAGCGCCACUGGUAAUCCACAUUUACUUGAUUAUAAUCAAGCAUCACAACAGCCCAUACCAAAUGAACAUGAUUUUGAUAUAAUUAAAUUGAUCUCAAAUGGUGCCUAUGGUGCCGUGUAUUUAGUAAAACAUAAUUGUACAAGACAGCGUUUUGCUAUGAAAAAAAUUAAUAAGAAUAAUUUAAUAUUACGCAAUCAAGUGGAGCAAGUUUUUGCCGAACGCGACAUACUCUCUUUUGCAGACAAUCCCUUCGUUGUUAGUAUGUAUUGUUCAUUCGAAACGAAAAAACAUUUGUGCUUGGUUAUGGAGUAUGUAGAAGGUGGGGAUUGUGCAACUUUGCUUAAAAAUAUCGGAGCGUUGCCACCAGAUAUGGCCAGAUUUUAUUUCGCAGAAACUGUUUUGGCUGUUGAAUACUUGCAUAGCUAUGGAAUUGUACAUAGAGACUUAAAACCUGAUAAUUUACUAAUAACAGCGCUAGGCCAUAUCAAACUCACAGAUUUUGGGUUAUCUAAAAUGGGAUUAAUGUCGUUAGCUACCAAUUUGUAUGAAGGUUACAUAGAUUCAGAAACAAAACAAUUUUCCGAUAAACAGGUUUAUGGUACGCCGGAAUAUAUUGCUCCAGAAGUGAUAUUAAGGCAGGGGUAUGGAAAGCCAGUGGAUUGGUGGUCAAUGGGUGUUAUAUUGUACGAAUUUUUAAUUGGAUGUGUACCAUUUUUUGGGGAGACCGCCGAAGAACUUUUUGCGCACACUGUGAAUGACGAUAUUGAGUGGCCUGAUAACGACGACUGGCCUGUGCAACCGGAGGGGAAGGAUAUAAUUACGCAAUUAUUACAACAAAAUCCCCGUGAUCGACUUGGUACACAGAGCGGUGCAUUUGAAGUAAAAGAACAUUUUUAUUUUAAUAAACUUGAUUGGAAUUCUCUUCUUCGACAAAAAGCUGAGUUUGUUCCGCAAUUAGCAAAUGAAGAUGAUACCAGCUACUUUGAUUCUCGUAUUGAUCGUUUUAAUCACGAUCUGGCCGGAGAAGAUACAGACGAUACAGAUGAUACACCAGUUUUCGGUUCAUUUUCUUCUUAUACUCCACAAUACCGAAAACAGCAUUACUCCUGGCCAAAGUUUUAUUCAUCAAAUGAUUCAACAAUAGCAAACAGCAACGUAAUGGGAUCAGAUUUUCUGCAAACAGUAAAGAGUAAUCAAAAUGAUUACGUUAAAAGCUUUACAAAUACUUCGAUGCAUUGUUUAGAAGAUGAAAAAGUAAUAUCCCCUAAUGAUAGUGAAAUAGCUGCAUUUGAUUCAUCUUUUAUUGAUAAUAUGAAGUCCCCAAUUAAACCACAAUUACAAAAAGUUGGUUAUUCUACCAGUUCUUUAAAAGUUCCAUCUACGCCUGAUUCUGAAUAUAUGCCAGAAUUACUUCAAAACGUUGAUAUAACAGAUGAAAAAGUAUCGAACCAACAAAUUCGUCAGUCGAUAUCAGCGACAACAAUGCCAGUAAAUAAAAUAUGGCGUAAACCAAAUCAACAGAAUUUUAUGCACAGUAUGCCACCUAAUAACAUAACAGUUUUAAAUAUAUCAACUAGUUCGCCGAAUAAAAUAAAACCAACUAUGAUUAGUUUGAAUUCAAAUACACCGGAAUCGUCACAAACAGAUAGUGAUGAUUUUUCACCACAAAUACAUCGAAAGCGUAAGGGAGUUUGUGCACGUGAUAUUUUACCACGAUUUUCAAUUUCCAUAGAAGAUGAAACAGUAAGUGAAGGUUCCUCCUCGACAGAAAAUAAACGAGAAUUCGCAUCACUUAUAUUGCACCAUCAAAAGUCUAUAGAUAAUCAUUCUAAUAAAUAUCGAUCACGAUCAAUUGUUAAAUCGGCAUCAACAUUAGGUUUAUCGUUAAUAUCUAAUGAACCUGAUAAUAAACAGCUAACGCAAAAUAUGACUGACAUUGUAAGCAAUGACGUUCAUUCGGCUAGGGGAAUUGGAGGAGGCGGAGGGUCUAGUACUGCCAGCUCUCGAGAUACUUCACCAUGUCGUGAAUUGUCACCAUUAGUCACUAAUCUUAAGCCACCUAUAAUUAUAAGCAGGGGACCAAAAGGAUUUGGUUUUACCGUUCAUACUAUACGUGUAUACUAUGGUGAUACUGAUUUUUAUACAAUGCAUCAUUUAGUUAUGGCUGUUGAUGAAGGCAGUCCUGCAUUUGAAGCAGGUUUACGUCCAGCGGAUCUUAUAACUCACGUCAAUAAUGAACCUGUUCAAGGUUUAUUUCAUACACAAGUCCUGCAAUUACUGUUAAGUGGAGGUGAGCAUGUUACCUUACGUGCCACACCACUUGAGCAUACCAGCAUUCAAAGUGGUGGCCGUAAAAGAGAUUUACUGCAGAGCAAAUUAGCUAAGAAGGGCGUAAAUCGGCAAAAAAAACAAACUAAAAAAGAACAUGAUAAAAAACGUAAAACUUCACUUUUUAGGCGAAUAAGUAAUAAACGCGCUUCAGUCGAAAUACAACAGAUGACCGCAGGUAUCAGUUCUUCACCAUCUGUUAAUGUAAAUAAUAGGAACUUAUCACCCAAGGACUCUUCUUGUCAUAGCAGUACUUUUUAUCAAUCUACUACAACUUCAUCACAAUCCUCUUCACCAUCAUCAUCAACACCAAAUACCCCUACUGGAUGUAAUAUUAUACAAAAUCAACAAUUAUUAAAUAAUUCUUCACCCUUAGCGUCUGUAGGAAUACUAUUACCAGCAAAUAGCAUCAUUUCAAAACCAAAUUCCGCCACUGGAACAUUAAAUGUUUUACCAGUGUCUCAACUAUACCAGCGCCCUUCAACGCUUCAUGGUUUAAAACAUAAGCUUCAUACUAGUUGUACCAGUAACAACACAGUUUGUGUUACUAGUGGUGGUGUGAAGGCGUUGCAUUCUAAUAAUUCGAAUUCGUUGUCUAAUAGACGAAAAUCGGUGGGACAUAUACCAUUGUCUCCAUUGGCUAGAACGCCUUCUCCAUCCCCAAUCCCUUCAUCACCUACGCGAUCACCAUCUCCACUUGCAUUUCCAACUAUUGGGCAUCACCCAGGUUCUUCCAAUACUACUCAGUCAUAUAGUCCAGGAUGCUCAGUACCUAUCCAGUCGGCCAGCACAAGCUCCAAAAAGAAUGGAUUCGCGCGUACGAAAUCUUCAGAACCUAAUUCACCACUUUUACGUCGCGCGUUAUCGCCAGACAGAUUACAUCCUCGUACUGCUGAAUCAAAAUGUAGUUUAUUGUCACCUCUUUGUUGUCCGCCUCCCAUACAACAACAGCGUGUUAAAAAUGGAAUAUGGCGUCCUAUAAAUACAGCUGGAUUAAGUACGAAUGUUACAUCAAAAAAUACAGUACAUGUAAUUGCUAAUUCAAAUGAUGGCCCAAUAAGUUGUGAAACACUUAAAACGCAACUUCCAUCAACUGAUACGCAAGUAAAUGUUACUUUGGCAGCACCCAGCGAACUUUUACCACGCAUUACCGAAGAAAAGGAUUCUCCCACUAAUAUUCAAGAACCUAAAAUUGGACUCACACAAAAAGUAGAUAAAAAUGAUUCCGAUUUCUGUGUUGAUUGCGUAAAGAAAGCAAGUAAAAAUAAUGAUACUGUGAUUAUAAAAAAAAUGAGCGAAUGAAACCUUACACAAAAAUACCUUUACAGUUUGAAGAAAUCAACAUAUAAGGUGUUUAAGAAAUGUAAAAUAUAAAUUUAUGUUAUAAAAUAUGCUGAAUGUAAUUGUUUCCAAGUCAAAGAACAACAGAGUUUUGCUAUUUUUCAUUAAAACGUUAAAUUUAAAACUCAAUAUUACAAAUAAAACACUUUUCGGCAAAUAGUGCAGUUAUUAUAAUUGUGAAAUUAGUUUUUAUAUAAAUUCCAUAUACUAAACGUGACUAAUAAUAAUAAACACAUAA